ACAGAUCUCAGUCCAAGUUGUGGUGUAUGUCUCAUCUUUUCCACACUCCAUUUUCCAGAUUUUCCCGGUAAACAAACAGCCGAUGAACCCCACACCAACUUAUUAAAUUCAUUCACUGCCCUCUUCUCUUCAUCUCCGUUCAAAAGCUAACCAAGAAAAAGAAAAUUUCAUUUCUACCAACACGUUGAUUGACUCAGCCUCUCAGUCUACAUCAAUUCUCUUGCAAUAAUAUAUAAUAUGGGUUGAUAUUUUCUCUCGUUUGCAGCUUUUGUUUAAUCUUUUGAGGGGAAGCAAAUUAAAAAGAUUGAAUUAAUGCUAGCUGUGUCACCUUUGAGGAACACAAGCAAAGAUGGAAGCAAAGGAGAGAUGAAGAGUUUUACUAUCAGCUCCGAAGAGUGUCCGGAUUUUGCAGACGGGAACUUACUCGAGAGUAUCGAUUUCGACGAUUUUUUUCUCGGCAUCGACGUCCAAGGCGAUGUGUUGCCGGAUUUGGAGAUGGACCCCGAAAUACUUUCCGAAUUGCCUGCCGUCAGCGGCGGCGAGGAAUCGGAGAUGAACACAUCGGUGGAGAAAAUCGACGAAGGAGAUUGUCAAAAAGAAGAAGAAAAUAAAAAAUCGAGUUCGAAUCAAGGCACCGAGAAACUUGAAGUUGCUAAAACACCUUCCAAAGAUGGUUAUAAGGGAAGAAAAUCAUCAGCAAAAGCAAAGGAUAACAACAACAAUCCAGGCACUCGGAAAGUGAAAGUAAGUAUAAUGCUUGAAUUUUCAAAUAAAUUUAGAAUCGAAUUAGGUCGAACUCGUUUCGGUCCGUGGACUAAACAUCCCUUUAAUUAUUUGAACAUGGAUUGGACGCCGGAUCUUCACCGGAAAUUCGUGCAAGCGGUGGAACAGCUCGGAGUGGAUAAGGCGGUGCCGUCGAGAAUUUUAGAGAUUAUGGGAAUUGAUUGUCUAACUCGCCAUAACAUCGCCAGCCAUCUUCAAAAAUAUAGAUCUCAUCGGAAGCAUUUGCUAGCUCGUGAGGCGGAGGCUGCAAGCUUGAUCCACAGGAGGCAAAUCUACGGCGGAACUACGCCGGCAAGUGACGGAGCCAAGCGAGAUAUGAGCCUUUGGCUUCCACCUACGAUGGGUUUUCCGCCCAUGCACCACCAAAACCACCAUUUCAGGCCUUUGCAUGUAUGGGGUCAUCCCACCAUGGAUCGAUCUUUAAUGCACUUAUGGCCAAAACAUCUAGCGUCACACACACCGUCCCCUCCGCCAACGGCAGACCCCGGAUUUUGGAACCACCACUGUGUACCGAAUGGACAAACCCCGGGAACACCUUGCUUUCCACCGCCAUUGAUGGCGGCGCCAACGGUUAUUAAUUUUGUGGGAUUUGGUGCAAUACCGGCGCCGUGCAUUCCUCCCCACCAUACCAUGUAUAAAUCAGAAAUCGACACCCCGACCGGACAAUUAGGUCGCCACCCUCUAAUCGAUUUCCAUCCGUCGAGAGAGAGCAUCGAUGCAGCCAUCGGAAACGUUUUAUCAAAACCUUUGCUGCCGCUUCCGAUCGGACUGAAACCGCCCUCGACCGACGGUGUUUUGGCGGAGCUGCAACGUCAAGGGGUCCCCAAGAUACCGCCCUCUUGAGCUUGACCCGCUUACUACUUCGCCGACGGCGGAAAACCCUAAAAUCCGA